AAAACUAUUACCUCAUUCCGACUACUGAUUGUAAGAAUGCCAGUGGUUUAUAUAAUCCAAAGGAUUUGCCACAUGGACGUUCGGUACAAAAUUUUGAGUUUUUUGAAAAUUUUCGAAAGUUAAAUUAUUUAAAAUGGUCGUGUCCAAGACUGAUGUAGAAGCUCAGAAGCCGAGUGAAGAAAUUCCUCACGAUCACUUAUACAAAGUCACUGGCUUGUCUUCGACGAAUUUGGAGAAGUUAGCUCAAGAGCCAGGGUCCGAUUUCGAAGCGGCGAUUGCCGCGACGGGCUAUGGCUGGUUCAACGUCAUCCUAAUGCUUUGCUCGCUACCCGCUUUCUGGAGUUCUGUGUCUGUGACCAGUGCACCAUCGUUCAUCUUCACAAGAGCUCAGUGCGACUUGAAACUACGGCUUUUGGAUAUGGGAACUGUCAACGCCAUUACUUAUAUGGGUAUGAUAACAUCAGCAAUGAUUUGGGGGUUUCUGUCCGACACCCUGGGUCGGAAGUGCAUUCUUGUGUGGGGGUUCUUCUGCGCCGGGCUGGUGGAGGUCGCUGCCGCUUUCAGCCAGAACUAUACUAUGCUGCUCAUCACACGCUUCUGUAGUGGUUUCUUAUUCAACGGUCCCUUCGCAGUGCUAAUCUCGUACCUAGCAGAAAUGCACCGAACUGAUUUGCGCGCACGUGUUCUGCUGUUAACGUGUCUGUUCUACACCUUCGCAAACACCACGCUGCCACUCCUCGCCUGGGCUAUCAUCACGAAGGAUUUGGACUUUCAAUUCUUCGACAAUAGUAUUGUUAUCCACAGCUGGAAUGUUUUCCUCCUGACCACAGCAAUGGUGCCUCUCUUGACUGGCGUGGCAUUCCUCUUCCUGCCAGAGAGCCCCAAGUUUCUCAUGUCCAGAGGACGCAACGACGAAGCUCUGUUGGUCUUCCGAUGGAUUUACUCUCUAAAUACCGGGAAACCACCUGAAAGUUACUCAGUAACAAAAUUAGAAGAAGAAAAGACCAAACAACGCGGUCGUGGCUUGGAAGCGUUACGAGGUGGAAGAGCGCAGAUGGCGCCACUAUUCAAACCACCAUACCUAGCUUGGCUGGUGCUCAUUUGCCUCACCCAUAUGGGAUGCAUGUUUGGGUCAAACACCAUCCGCCUCUGGUACCCUCAACUCGCAGCCAUGAUGGGCCCCGAAGGCAACGAGACCCUGUGUUCAGCCAUCGCCCCUGGCCCGGUGCCAGUUGAGGAGGUAGCCUGCACACCCAUACAGACGGACAUGCUGACUUACCUGCAGAGCGCUUUUGUGGGCGCGGGAUCGGUGCUUUCUUAUGGGAUUGGAGGCGCUUUGAUAAAUAAAUGUGGGAAGAGGAUUGUGGCGGGCGUGUGUGGUGUCUUCAGUGCUGCUUUCAUCAUGGUUCUACCAUUCACGGGCACCAAAGCUUUGACACUAGUGGCAAUCUUCACCACCGGUCUCGCGCUAACUUCACUCUGUUCCGCCGCGCUGUCCAGCAUUGCGGUCGACCUGUUCCCCACUUCACUCCGGGUAAUGGCGUUGGCUACAUUCCUGAUGAACGGGCGACUGGGCACCAUCAUGGGAACUGUCAUCUUCCCCGCGCUCAUGGACUUCGGAUGCCUGCCACCUUUUAUAACAAUUGCAGUAGUUUUAAUUAUAUGCGGGCUGGCCUGCUUCUUUUUACCAAAUACUACACUGAAAAAAUUGGAGUGAAUCCAUAACUAAAGCUGCCUGUCAACUGACCGACACUAAAAGCUGAUACUUACCCAAUUUAUAUUUUAUUUUCUUAAGUUUCUAAGUCUGUAUUGUAGGGACCAAGCAAAAUUAUAACCUUAAGUUUAAAAUGCGUUAAAGUAAGUUUUUUAAUAAGGGGUUUUUUAGGGUUUUUAGUCAGAGGACUUGAUCGGUGUUGGCGUUUGCUGGCACGCGUGUUCUUCCUUUU